AGAAGUUCUAGGAAGAAUGGCAGAAACUCAGACACUCAACUUCGGACCAGAAUGGUUGGUAUAGCAUGUUAAUAUGAAAUCUUCUUGAGCUGAAAUGUUGUAUUGAAUUAAGAGAACAAUCAAGUUGAUUAACAGCGAUCUGGGUUGUUAUGCUGGUUUGUCUUUUGACACCUGGUGCAGUGGUGUCUCACAUGUUGAGGCCUUCCAGUUGUCCUCUAAAUUUCACUUUUGUUUUUUUGUCGUUUUCUUUCUGUCCGUUUCUUCCCCAGGCUCCGGGCCCUGUCUGGGGGUGGCCAUGGGGGUGGUAGCAGCAGUAGCGUUGCCACCUCACCACCUCUCUCACCUGCAAUGCCAAAGUAUAAACUUGCAGACUACCGCUACGGGAGAGAAGAAAUGCUAGCACUUUAUGUCAAGGAUAGGGAGGUGAGGCAAACUAAUUCUGAUAUGUGUUCUAAAAGGAUACAUAAUUGGCAUACAAAUAAAGUGACUGGUAUCGGCAUGUUCUGAAAAGUGCUCCAAGAUGAAAUUUAGAUUAAUCCUUUUGUGGAUUGAGAUUUCUUUAAAAUUCAAAUAUAUAAUGCCAUCUUCCUGUAAUUUGUGUAUUAAACCUGACAUUGCAAUGGCUACUUGCUCAUACCUUUUCUUUCACCUUAUCAGAUCCCUGUAGACCUACAUGAUAAGGAUUUUCUGCCCAUUUUACAAGAGGAGCCCCUGCCACCACUGGCACUUGUAGCUUUUACAGAGGAAGAGCAGGUUGGUGCCUUCGCUGUUCAAAAAUGAGGCCAUGUUUAGAAUGAAUAUGCAAAAUUAAGACUACACCUUUCUCAUUGUUCUUACCCAUUUGUUUGUAACCAAAUAUAGAGAAUUGUUGGUUAUAGACGUGUCUGCCCCCCACCCCCCUCUCUCUUUAUCCUCUUGCUCCCUCUCUCCCCCACAGAGAAAUUUUUCCAUGUCUGUAAACAGUGCCGCUGUGCUCAGGCUGAUGGGAAGAGGAGGGGGUCCGGUUGGGCCAGGGGCGCCGAGGGGUCGAAGUACCUCACGGGGUCGAGGUGAGGAAAGAGAACUAUUGUCUCUUUGUCCAUCUCAACAGUCUGAAGUGGCUUCCUGUGCUUGUGUCCUCUUCAUCUGAACUAAUCAGAAAAACAGACUAGGUGAACUGUUAAUUUCUUUCAUCAUGUCAAUGCAGGUAAAGGGUAGGAGAGGAGGAAACUACUUUAGACUAUUGACUGUUGAGACUAGGGCUGUUGAAGUGACUGUAUUACCGCCACACCGGCGGUCACGAGUCAUGAAGGCAGUCAAAUUCCACGUGACCGUUUAGUCACUGUAAUUAGGCUUCUCCAAGCUCUGAUGUUGCUGAUGGUCAUUAGUAGCCUACCAAACUUGCUAACUGCUUUGUACUCAGCACUCUAUUGUCCCUCUAAUCACUCUGACAUCAAUGCAAAUGUUUUCGAAAAUCUAAUCAAACACUUCAUGAGAGCCCAUGAGCUCAUGUUGCGCAACAUUUCAAUAGGCUAUGCAAUUGCGCAUGAAAACAGAGUGAUGGCCUCUACUAAAAAUAGGAGAAUCAGCGUUCUAUAGGCUAGGCCUACUAUAUUUAUUUUUCAACUUUCCUAAUAUUAAGCACAUUGCUUAUAUUUACAACAGGAGUAUAGCCUACCUGCCUGGCAUGAAAAUAAAGCGUCCUCCAUUCGCUAUUUAAGUGCGUAGAUGCCAUGUCUUUUUUCCCGCUGCCCCUGUUUCUCACAUAUAAUAUUUUGUAUAUGUAAAGACAAGAUUAAAUCAAGAGUUGUCUGAUGUGUGACAAUAUUAGUCUAUCACUUGUGAAUUAUAUAUUAUCACUUGUGAAUGAUGCCCAACAUAAGAAACAAUACCUUUUUUUGCGACUUUUUCAAAUCAUAGUCACACACCUCAUGUAGCCUAGCCCGUAGGCCUGUGUGUUUUAAGGUUUGUAUCACAACUAAAGUGGCCAAAUAACUUUUUUAAAUUAAGCUAAUUAAUCUGCUUUACUAGGGGUGUAGAGCCUAACUGGCAUACGUAAGCAGCACAUGAGUUUCAAGUUCGAGGGAAGAUAAUUUUCACCAUAAAAAUGCACCUUUAUAAUAAAAACAUUAUACAUGCAUAAUUGCAUUUGCGGUCACAAGCUAAACGUUCUGAUCUGUUGCGUCAGCCACAUUGCGUAACAAUGUUUUUUUGAUGCUAGUGGUUGUAUUAAUUUGGGAUCUAUCGCAUCCCACCGCUGUCCCAGACUAUGUUUGGAAUAUUUAUUUCUCACACAGAAUAGAAUAGGUCGACCUUUGUACUAUGGGGGAUAGUAGAUUGACAUUUUGCUGUUCAUUAGGCCUACUCAUCUUGUUGGCUGACGAAAAGUAAAUGUGGACAGUUCUUCCAAUAUCUUCAAUAUGCACAUCGGAAUUGGAUAAGGACGCACGCAGUUGCGUCCCCGAUCUGUCUGUCUUCACUUGUAGCCUGUGAGAAAGACCCGAUCACAUGAUGGAGCGCGCAGCACUCAGGGAGACGGGCACAACGGCCACUGGCCGCAAAAAGGCAUGGAUUUUCUUAUGGUGCAUUACGGCCACACAAAGGCCAUGCCGCCGUGAAAGUCUAGGCAUUAUCAAGUGCUUGUCAAAUUGUGAAUAUGUGACUGUACAGCCUGCGCAAAAAACUAAGCAGAGCUCAUGCCUUUCAAGCGACUUUAUUCAAAUCAUCAUUAGUCGCAUCAUGCAGCCUUACAAUGUAUUAAAAAUCUAAACAUAUAGCCCAACGUUUGUAGAACUAAAGUUGCAUUAAUAACUCUAAAUUAAUCUUUGUUAACCGCUCAACACAGAAUAGCCACAUGUGCGUACUCCCUCAAAUCGUUUUGAGAAAAUAUCCUUUCUAUUUUAGUCAGCUAUGUUCAAUUGUAUUCUUCACACUACAAAAUAAUGCCACGGAAUUCUAAGCAAAUCUUGUCUGCUAAAUGAACUAGUUUAGUCCACAGCCAUUUGGCAUAGCCAAAUCAGGACCUAACAUAAGGACAACUCAGAGUAUGCUAUGACUACAUUUUCUUCAUAUCAUGCUACUUUAGAUGUCUAAAAUAAUGGCUUUAUUGUGAUGGUGGAUUUAUUAUACUUUUUUAAAAUGUAGAUGUUCCAAAGGUCAGCAUCAGUGGCUUGUAGGCUAUGUGUAGAAGCCAGGAGAUGCUAAAUGUUUGUUAAUGAACGAUCAAUUACUGAGAGACCGACAGUUACUUGCUUGACAAUCACCGGCUGACUAAAUUUUGUGACCGCCACAGCCCUAGUUGAGACCAGUGAUUUCUAUAUAGGUGGAGACCCGCCCCUAAGAAUCUUAACAAUCUUUUGCCAGCUGCACAGAAUGGAUGUAACAGUAGUACUCUGUUAAUAGGCUUGAUAAUGCUCCUGUCAGCAGAAGCUAUCGCAGCUGGUUGAAUUCAUUUUAACCAGCUAGUUUCAACAUUAAAGUGUAGUGUGUGUGUUUGAAUCCUUUUCGACUGUAAUGUGAAUUGUGAUUUCAAAUAAAGUAUUUAAAAUGUGUGUCUGGCAGGUCGGGGUAGAGGAGACGGAGGGUUUUACCAAAGAAGUUUUGAUGACGUGGAAGGAGGCUUUGGCCGCGGGGGCAGGGAGAUGCACCGCUCCCAGAGCUGGGAGGAGAGGUAAUGGACUAUCCUCACUGGAGGCACGAGCGUGUAUCUGGAAUCGUCACGCACGUUAACCUUUGACGUCAAUGCAUGAUUUAUGCAAAUGUUCCUGUUAAGUGGGUGCGUCUUAAGCUGGGUUCCAGGCCAGUGGAAUGAGAAUGAUCGAAUUGUUAUGUUUUUGGUCAUAUCUGUCUAUAUUUGACACUCUCUGCAUGCUCAGUCAUUCUUUUUUUCUUUUCUCCUUUUCAAAGUCAUGCUGAGUCUAUUUUCUCCCCGUCUAGGGGAGACCGAAGGUUUGAAAAGCCAAGUCGAAAAGAGACAGGUUUGUGCCAAUACUUGCUCAUCACAUAAUCAAUGAUGUUUAAUGUAAUAUACAUAAUGCCGUUUUUAAAGCAUUUACAGGUAAUGUAAUGACUUUGCGCUUUCUCUCUCUCCUCGGUUCCUUUGACUUGGCAGAAGUUGCUCCUACCCACUUCCCGAUGAAUCAUAGUAAGUUUACCCUCUAGGGGCCUCAUUUAUAAAUCAUGCGUACUUACAAAAUAGACCCCAAAAUGUGCGUUUGCCAGUUUUCACGCAAAAGUUGGAAUUUAUAAAAACAACUUGACGUGAGAAUGUGCUUUCCUCCCCACAAACUUUAAACCAUGCGUACGCACAGUUUCUAGUGGUUGAAGUAUUGCAUUGCAAGAAGGCAGAAGUAGCUUAGUAGCCUUGUGCAAAUGGGGGACUAUGAUGACACUCUUAUUCAUAACAACAAAACAGGUAGCUCAAUAUAAGUUGCCAUUAGUGAGAAGCGAAAAGCCAUUUCUUUUAUUUUUGCAUUCUAAAGUAAUUAGAAAUAGGCAUCUAUUUCCUAUGAUUGAUUUCAUUUCCAUGAUCAUUGAAUAAUCAAUUCCUCACCUUUUCAUACUGGUGAAAUAGCCUAUAGGCCAACAGCAAGGUAGGAUAGGCUACCGUUCGUUCCAUCUCUCAUUUAAUUGGACCUACUUCACAGUAGGAAAUAGAUAAGCUAUUUCAAGUAUUUUGCUCUAUGCGAUAGAACAUUCACCUUUUCAUUCACCUUUUCAAUUGACGUUUGUAGGCUACGUCCUGAAUACUGUAAUUUCUCGAGUUGACAAUAUUUAAUUUAUAAACAUAAUGCAUUAUACAUAUAUCAUAACCAUUGCAGAAUAAAUUCCUCACCUUUUCUGGCCAUGAUGAGUUCAUAUUCCCGAAGUGGCCAUAACGCAAAUGACCAUGCACAUCUCUAAUGUAAUUGGGCCUAUUAGAUAGGCGAUGAUAAUUGAACAUUCUUGCUCUAUGCAUCCGAAAGGGAUUAUAACAUACAGUAGAAUUUAACAGAUGAACACAGUUGAUAUUUUGCAUUGAAAUGUGUAGGCUACCACUAAGUAAGCCUACUGUAGUAUUCAUUUCUUUCCUAGUAGACAAUGUUUCAGAAUUCGCGGGCAGUGCAACAUAGUUUAAAUUCAAUUAACUGUUUACAGGUCCACAACAAUUCAGAAACUGUCAGAUACAGCAAAUGUCACUGCAAAAGAAAACAUUCUGCCAACACCUCCAAAGACAUUUGACCAAGUUCGCUAUUAAUAUUUACUUUAGAUCACAGGAGGUUGGUGGCACCUUCAUUUGGGAGAAUGGUCUCGUGGUAAUGGCUGGAGCAGAAUAUGUGGAAUGGUAUCAAAUACAUCAAACACAUGGUUUCCAUGGUUUCCAUGUGUUUGGUGACAUUCCAUUCACUCUAUUUCAUCCAUUAUUAUGAGCCGUUCUCCCCUCAGCAGCCUCCUGUGCUUUAGAUACUGUCUAGGCCUAAUUCCAGUACUUCCAAAGUAUACAGCAAAUAAGGGCAAUAUUGUUACCAUAAAAGGUGAAUAAUGGACGUUUUUCAGGCAGAGUUAUAAUGCUUGUUCACGCGUGCAGUUUUACACAGGUCUGAUUUAUAAUGGGGAACAUGUGUAUGUAUGGCGUGCGGCAAGUUUAUCAAUCUCAGUAUUUUUGUACGUGCACAGAUUUUUUAGAAAUGGGGCACGCAGAUAUUUUGUGAUUAAUUUAAGCAACGGUUAUGAAUCAGGCCCUUGCACUUAUACACUUCCUUGUCAUGGGGAACUAUGCUGUUUCUCCAAGGAAUAUAUAUUUUCUAUGCUUAUACUGAGGGUAAAAGUCUACUUCACAAGGUACUAACUGUAACUCUGUACACUACUUAAUCAGGCAACAGUACAGCUAUGCAAAUGUUUAGACAACCUCACAACUUAUUUACUGUGACCCAGGACACCCUCAGACUAAAAGUAUUGCUUGAAAUUGUGGCGUUGCUACAUACAGUGCAUUCAGACCCCUUCCCUUUUCCCACAUUUUGUUACGUUACAGCCUUAUUCUAAAAUGUAUGAAAUUAUUUUUUCCCUCAUCAAUCUACACACAAUUCCCCAUAAUGACAAAGCGAAAACAGGUUUUUAGAAAUGUUUGCAAAUGUGUUAAACAUAAACUGAUACCUUAUUUACAUAAGUACUCAGACCCUUUCCUAUGAGACUCGAAAUUGAGCUCAGGUGCAUCCUGUUUCCAUUGAUCAUCCUUGAGAUGUUUCUACAACUUGAUUGGAGUCCACCUGUGGUAAAUUAUAUUGAUUGGACAUGAUUUGGAAAGGCACACACCAGUCUAAAUAAGGUCCAACAGUUGAUAGUGCAUGUCAGAGAAAAAACCAAGCCAUGAGGUCGAAGGAAUUGUCCGUAGAGCUCAGAGACAGGAUUGUGUUGAGGCACAGAUCAGGGUAAGGGUACCAAAAAAUGUCUACAGCAUUGAAGGUCCCCAAGAACACAGUUGCCUCCAUCAUUCUUAAAUGGAAGACGUUUGGAACCACCAAGAUACUCUUCCUAGAGCUGGCCACCCAGCCAAACUGAGCAGUCGGGGGAGAAGGGCCUUGGUCAGGGAGGUGACCAAGAACCCAAUGCUCACUCAGACAGAGCUCCAGAGUUCCUCUGUGGAGAUGGGAGAUCCUUCCAGAAGGACAACCAUCUCUGCUGCACUUCACCAAUCAGGCCUUUAUGGUAGAGUGGCCAGACGGGAGCCACUCCUCAGUAAAAGGCACAUGACAGCCCGCUUGGAGUUUGCCAAAAGGCACCUAAAGGACUCUCAGACCAUGAGAAACAAGAUUCUCUGGUCUGAUGAAACCAAGAUUGAACUCUUUCGCCUGAAUGCCAAGCGUCAUGUCUGGAGGAAACCUGGCACCAUCCCUACGGUGAAGCAUGGCGGUGGCAGCAUCAUGCUGUAGGUAUGUUUUUCAGUGUCAGGGACUGGGACUGGGAGACUAGUCAGGAUCAAGGGAAAGAUGAACGGAGCAAAGUACAGAGAGAUCCUUAAUGAAAACCUGCUCCAGAGCGCUCAGGACCUCAGACUUGGGCGAAGGUUCACUUUCCAACAGGACAACGACCCUAAGAACACAACCAAGACACUGCAGGAGUGGCUUCGGGACAAGUCUCUGAAUGUCCUUGAGUGGCCCAGCCAGAGCCCGGACAUGAACCCGAUUCAGGUCUCUGAAGAGACUUGAAAAUAGCUGUGCAGCGACGCUCCCCAGCCAACCUGACAAAGCUUGAGAAGAAUGGGAGAAACUCCCCAAAUACAGGUGUGUCAAGCUUGUAGCGUCAUACUCGAGGCUGUAAUCGCUGCCAAAGGUUCUUCAACAAAGUACUGAGUAAAGGGUCUGAAUUCUUAUGUAAAUGUCAUAUUUCGGUUUUUUAUUUGUUAUGAAUUUGCUAACAUUUCUAAAAGCCUGUUUUUCCUUUGUCAUUAUCGGGUAUUGUGUGUAGAUUGAUGAAAAUAAAGCAAUUUAAUCCAUUUUGGAAUAAGCCUGUAACAUAACAAAAUGUGGAAAAAGUCAAGGGGUCUGAAUACUUUCCGAAUGCACUGUAUGUAUGUAUGUAUUGAAUAUGUUUUUUAUUUGGAUAAAAUUGUCAAGAUUGAUGUUCCUCUUUGAUAACAUAAAGUUAUUCAAUCGUUUCCUCUCCAGUCCGUGCUAACUACGAGGAGGUUGGGACCGGUGUGGGGGGCUUGCCUGUGAGGAAGCAUGACUUCACGCGUUCGGAGAGUGAGAACUGGCGCACGUCCCGGGACGAAGUGAAUGGUGAGGAUGGUGACGAGGGGGGCUGGCGCCUAGCGGGUGCCUCACGAUGGGACAGCGACCGGUGGUGCCCCCCGAGUCCAGGUGUGCCCUGUAGUGAUCCCAAACUGCUACCACCACAAAGUGUCCUGUCGUGUGUGUGUGUGGGUGAUGGUUUCAAUUGCAGGCCUAUCUCAAUACAACCCUUAAAUCACAAUGGACACCUCAAAUCAUAUUACAAUCCCUCUUGUUAAGGCCUCUAGGCCACCUAAAUGAGAACAGGUUUUCAACAGGAAAUACUCUAAUCCAUCCAUAACUUCACAAAAGAAAGCAUCACAUGCAUCUAAGAAACAGCAACAUAAAGUGGUGGGCUUCAAUAUGAGAGACUGGCUGGCGUAAAGCCGACGGGGUCCUUAAACCGCUCUUCUCCUCCUCAGAAGGGCCGCGGUCGGCAGGGUGGCGAGAGGCUCACCCGGGGGAGCAGCCGCGGCAGCGCAGGCUCCCGUUCGACGCCAGGGAGGAUGAGCGCGGCUACAGGCAUCCCCCAUCGGGCAGCGGCAGCCUGGAGGAGGAUGGAGGCAGCCUGCCAGAGUGGUGUCUGGAGGACGCUGAAGAGGAGACGGGCACCUUCGACUCCUCCGGGGCCUUCCUUUCGCUCAAGGUUCGAGUGAGUGAAUAGUCUAACAAACAUCACUUGUUAAUGGGUGCUGGGCCAAAGAAAGGUUUAAGAAAUUAAGUAGGAUGUGCAUACAUGAUUGAAGUCUACCGAGCAAUGAAUUGUUUUCCCCAAUGGGCAAUUUGUUUGCAGCAAUUACAAGUAUGGCAUCGGAGCACUGUGAGACAUGGAACUCUGUGAAUGCCAGGCUGCUAUGAGGACAUAUGGAGCCUUUCAUGACAAGAUAGAGAUAUAUAUAUAUAUAUAUAUAUAUAUACACACACACACAACCAGUCAAAAGUUUGGACACACCUACUCAUUCAAGUAUUUUUUUUUAAAACUAUUUUCUACAUUGUAGAAUAAUAGUGAAUACAUCAAAACUAUGAAAUAACACAUAUGGAAUCAUGUAGUAACCAAAAAAGUGUUAAACAAAUCAAAAUAUAUUUUAUAUUUGAGAUUCUUCAAAUAGCCACCCUUUGCCUUGAUGACAGCUUUGCACACUCUUGGCAUUCUCUCAACCAGCUUCAUGAGGUAGUCACCUGGAAUGCAUUUCAAUUAACAGGUGUGCCUUCUUAAAAGUUAAUUUGUGGAAUUGAUUUCCUUCUUAAUGCGUUUGAGCCAAUCAGUUGUGUUGUGACAAGGUAGGGGGGUAUACAGAAGAUAGCCCUAUUUGGUAAAAUACCAAGUCCAUAUUAUGGCAAGAAUAGCUCCAAUAAGCAAAGAGAAAUGACAGUCCAUCAUUACUUUAAGACAUGAAGGUCCGUCAAUACAGAACAUUUCAUGAACUUUGAAAGUUUCUUCAAGUGCAGGCGCAAAAACCAUCAAGCGCUAUGAUGAAACUGGCUCUCAUGAGGACCGCAACAGGAAUGGAAGACCCAGAGUUAACUCUGCUGCAGAGGGUAAGUUCAUUAGAGUUACCACCUCAUCCCAAUUGAGAUGGUUUGGGAUGAGUCGGACGGCAGAGUGAAGAAAAAGCAGCCAGCAAGUGCUCUGCAUAUGUGGAAACUCCUUCAAGACUGUUGGAAAAGCAUUCCAGGUGAUGCUGGUUGAGAGAAUGCCAAGAGUGUGCAAAGGUGUCAUCAUAUACAGUUGAAGUCGGAAGUUUACAUACACCUUAGCCAAAUAUAUUAAACUCAGUAUUUCACAAUUCCUGACAUUUAAUCCUAGUAAAAAUUCCCUGUCUUAGGUCAGGUAAGAUCACCAAUUUUUAUUUUAAGAAUGUGAAAUGUCAGAAUAAUAGUAGAGAUAAUGAUUUAUUUAAGCUUUUAUGUCUUUCAUCACAUUCCCAGUGGGUCAGAAGUUUACAAACACUCAAUUAGUAUUUGGUAGCAUUGCCUUUUAAAUUGUUUAACUUGGGUCAAAUGUUUCAGGUAGUCUUCCCACAAUAAGUUGGGUGAAUUUUGGCCCAUUCCUCCUGACAGAGCUGGUGUAAUGGAGUCAGGUUUGUAGGCCUCCUUGCUCGCACAUGCUUUUUCAGUUCUGCCCACAAAUGUUCUAUAGGGUUGAGGUCAGGGCUUUGUGAUGGCCACUCCAAUACCUUGACUUUGUUGUCCUUAAACCAUUUUGCCACAACUUUGGAAGUAUGGUUGGGGUCAUUGUCCAUUUGGAAGACCCAUUUGCGACCAAGCUUUAACUUCCUGACUGAUGUCUUGAGAUGUAGCUUCAAUAUAUCCACAACAUUUUCCAUCGUCAUGAUGCAAUCUAUUUUGUGAAGUGCACCAGUCCUUCCUGCAGAAAAGCACCCCCACAGCAUGAUGCUGCCACCCCCGUUCUUCACGGUUGGGAUGGUGUUCUUUGGCUUGCAAGCUACCCCCUUUUAUCUCCAAACAUAACAAUGGUCAUUAUGGCCAAACAGUUCUAUUUUUGUUUCAUCAGACCAGAGGACUUUUCUCAAAAAAGUACGAUCUUUGUCCCCAUGUGCAGUUGCAAACCGUAGUCUGGCUUUUUUAUGGUGGUUUUGGAGCAGUGGCUUCUUCCUUGCUGAGCGGCCUUUCAGGUUAUGUCGAUAUAGGACUCGUUUUACUGUGGAUAUAGAUACUUUUGUACCUGUUUCCUCCAGCAUCUUCACAAGGUCCUUUGCUGUUGUUCUGGGAUUUAUUUGCACUUUUCGCACCAAAGUACGUUCAUCUCUAGGAGACAGAACGCAUCUCCUUCCUGAGCAGUAUGACGGCUGCGUGGUCCCAUGGUGUUUAUACUUGCGUACUAUUGUUCGUUCAGAUGAACGUGGUAACUUCAGGCGUUUGGAAAUUGCUCCCAAGGAUGAACCAGACUUGUGGAGGUCUACAACUUUUGAUUUUCCCAUGAUGUCAAGCAAAGAGGCACUGAGUUUGAAGGUAGGCCUUGAAAUACAUCCACAGGUACACCUCCAAUUGACUCAAAUGAUGUCAAUUAGCAUAUCAGAAGCUUCUAAAGCCAUGACAUCAUUUUCUGGAAUUUUCAAAGCUGUUUAAAGGCACAGUCAACUUAGUGUAUGUAAACUUCUGACCCACUGGAAUUGUGAUACAGUGAAUUAUAAAUGAAAUAGUCGGUCUGUAAACAAUUGUUGGAAAAAUUACUUGUGUUAUGCACAAAGUAGAUGUCCUAACCGACUUGCCAAAACUAUCGUUUGUUAACAAGACAUUUGUAGAGUGGUUGAAAAACAAGUUUUAAUGACACCAACCUAAGUGUAUGUAAACUUCCGAUUUCAACUGUAUAUACAGUACCAGUCAAAAGUUUGGACACCUACUCAUUCAAGGGUUUUUCUUUAUUUUUACUAUUUUCUACGUUGUAGAAUAAUAGUGAAAACAUCAAAACUAUGAAAUAACACACACAUGUUUGGCUCAAAUGCAUUAAGAAGGAAAGAAAUUCCACAACAAGGCACCUCAUGAAGCUGGUUGAGAGAAUGCCAAAAGUGUGCAAAGCUGUCAUCAAGGCAAAGGGUGGCUACUUUGAAGAAUUAUUCUACAAUGUAGAAAAUAGUAAAAAUCAAGAUAAAUCCUGGAAUGAGUAGGUGUCCAAACUUUUGACUGGUAAUGUCUGUGUGUGUAUGUAUAUGGAUAUAGAUAUGAUAUGUGUUGUAUUGUGUUUUGUGUAUAGAUAUAUAUUUUAUAUAUAUAUAUAUAUAUAUAUAUAUUAUUAUAUAAUUAGUAUAUAUAUAUAUAUAUAUUAUAUAUUAUAUAUAUAGAUGGAUAUUUAUUUAUUUAUUUUUUCUCCCCCCACAGAAAGCUCCCAAGGAGCCCAUCCUGGAGGAGGCAGAGCUGGACUUCAGACCCCUGGAGGAAUGUGACGAGGGUCUGGAGGAGGACGGACAGCCCCGGGAGACCAAAGACACAGACGGAGAGGCCAGGAGAGAGCCCGACAGAAAACAGGGUGAGUUAAGAAGAGUAAAAACUGUCCGGCAUACUGUAUUUUUGCUCCCAAUAGUAAACUGUCUAUGUGGAGAUAAACAUUGAUUAAUGUGUCUUGUUUUUUUUCUCAGAUGUGGGUAGAGCGGUGGAGGAGGCUCCCUCUCCUCCUGAGCCCCAGCCCCCCACCACCCUGCUGCCCCCUAGCCAGCCCAACAGAGUGGAGGAGCCUGAGAGGCCGUUGGAGAGGCCAUUUGAGCGAACCCCAGCCCCGGAACACAGGCCAGAGGCCAACAAAGUCCCCCUGCCCAACACAAUGCUGGACUCCCUCCCCAUCCCCCACACCGCUGCACACACUCUCACAGGUAGGUUUACACACAAGCAGUGGAGGAAUGGAGUCAGAACUCUCACAUUUGUGCCCUCUUGAGACUGUUUUUGUUGACAUAUUGUUGCGUCUUUCUUUAAACCACCUCCACCUGUGAGUAAAUGAUACCUUUGUUUUCCACAGUAAGCUUGUGCUUAAAAUAUACACACUCUGGAUUGUGAGAGACUAACCCCACACCCUCUUGUCUCUGUCCCGUCCAGUGUCUCCAGUGUCGGCCCCGUCGCCCACCAUCCGGAUGCAGCAGAAGCCCCUGGAGGUGCCCGUGGUCAUGCCCGCCCCGCUGCCCUUCAGUGCUAGUCUCAUGGCCCAGAGCACGUCUAUCAUGGCCCCUAACAUUAUUGCCACCAGCACGGACCUCAUGGCGCCCAUCGGAAGGCCCACGGCCAUGCCGCCACACCGCACCAUGGAUGAAGAUGAGGGACUGAAGCACUUUGAACAAGUUAGUGGACAAUGACUACUGUUUCUGGUAGAAGUUAGUUGGUUACAGAGCUGCAUGUUGAGCAAGUUAGUGAAAGUUACCAAGCUGGUUUUGGUGUAACUGAAUUUGGAGCAUGUCUGGACAUGAAACAUGCAGUGUGGGUUCAUUUUUGGAACACGUCAAGAGUAUGGAGAGGGUGUUUAUUGAAUUGUAAUGAAAUCUAACGUCAUUUUGCUAUCUCUCCCUGCGAUAAGCUGAGAUAAUGGUGUUUGUUUUGGGAUACUGUCAUGAAUGUAAAAUCAAAUUCAACUCGCUCUGUCUCUCGCUCUGUCUCUCUCUCUCUCUCUCGUAGGAGGCAGAGAAGAUGGUGGCUUAUCUACAGGACGGUGAUGACCGGCUGGCUGCCAAGAGCUCAGCACACAAACCAGCCGGCCUGCCGCUCACACAUGAGGCUGCUCUGAAGUGGUUUUAUAAAGACCCCCAGGGAGAGAUACAGGGUGAGACAGAGUGAGGGGAACAGGGCUACUCUGAAUGAAAGUCUGCAUACACUGCAACCAGUAAAUGGAGAAAUGUAAAAGUGACUUUGUCAAAUCUAAUAAUGUCCCCCUCCAUGUCUCCCCCUCUCCAGGUCCGUUCAGUAACCCGGAGAUGACAGAGUGGUUCCAGGCUGGCUACUUCACCAUGAACCUGCUGGUGAAGAGAGGCUGUGACGAGGUCUUCCAGCCCCUGGGUGAGAUCAUCAAGAUGUGGGGCAGGGUGCCCUUUGCCCCCGGCCCAGCACCGCCACCCCUACUGGUAACCAUCAUACACCUGAGCUUUCUAGAAUUCACUACUUUGUAUUAUCGUGAGAUUAAUCUUGAUUAUUCUAUGGGCAAUUCAAUAUGAUUCCGAUUCACCUCGCACCAUCUGCAUCUUCUAAUGGUCAAAACAAAUGAAGUUUAUGUUUAGCCUAGGGCACGUUCAGAAGGCAAACGUUGUGACCGUUGCGAUUCCUUAUUCUAAGUCAGAGGCUUAUUGACUCUACAUAACAUAUUGAACGUUCCACAACGUUGUGCCAUGCUGAACGCAGCCCAGGUGGUCGUCCCUUUGCCUGUGUCGUGGCUCUACUUCUCUGUCCCCUUGCCUAUCCUAUGUCUUACUCCGCCUGUCCCCACAGGGUGACGCCGGGGACCAGGAGCGUCUGAAGCGGCAGCAGGAGCUGACUGCCCUCAACCUGUACCAGCUGCAGCAGCUGCAGUACCAGUACCUGUUGAGGCAGCAGUACGCCCAGGCCCUGGCCCAGCAGAAAGCCCAGGCCCUCAGCUCAGCACCACACCAGCAGCAGCAGCAACAGCAGCAGCAGAUCAACCUGCUCCUCCAGCAAUACCAGGCCCUCAAGAUGAGGUCAGCGGAAAACACGUAAGCAUAUCUGCACACAAACACCUUUACUGCAAUACCAGGACCUUAAGAUGAAGUUGGAGAUGCGCACACACACCUUCAGCAUUACUAGACCCUCAGAAAAAGAGCCUUCCGUGAACGAACACUCGCACUUGACUUUUCCCCCCCUUUACUACCUUAUAGCUACUUUAUUGAGGAAAAAUGUACUUACUAUGCCUGUGAUAUGUGGUUGUCUCACCUAGUUAUAUUAAGAUGAAUGCACUAACUGUAAGUCGCUCUGGAUACGAGCAUCUGCUAAAUGACUACAAUGUAAGAUGAAGACAUAUAUACACACAUUAUGACACGGGUUCUCCUCAAACAUCUUUGACUGUGGGCAAUAUACAAUGCCUUGUCAACAUACUGGUGUGUUCUGGUUAUUUAUACAAUUUCUGUGUUUGUCUUCCUGUGUAGAACAUCUGAGAGUCUCUUACCUCCUGUGACUCAGUCCAUGUCCGUACCAGACUCCCAGGGUUCUGUGUGGGAAAUGCAGAACACCUCUCAAGCCUCCUGCACAUCAAACAUCCAGCAACCCACACCCAGUGGUAAGACUCGAUCCAGAACACACUCUGAAAACAUUAGCACACGUUUUGUUUUGGGCUGAUGUUUAUAACCAAUUUAGCUUUUGAAAAUGUGAGUAUCUGAACCUCUAGAAGACAGCAAAAUACUGUGCUCCUCAAUUCACCAAAAAGUGGUGAAAGCUCAAAAUCAUAUGAACUAAAGGGAAUGAAUGGGGAUCAAUGAUAUAUAUAUAUAUAUAUAUAAUGACCAUCCAUCCAGCCUUACUGACUGACUGUCUGUUUUGUGUGGCUGUGCAGCGUGGGAGGGCAGCAGCGUGUGGGAUCUGCCCAUAGACUCCAUGGCCCAGGCCCCCACCAUAGAACAGAUGCAACAGCUGGAGAAGAACAAGGCUGCCAAGGUAAGAGCACCAUAUUGUCUAUACUUAUGCAAUCCUAAGUUUCAGAUCUUUAUGAAGUGCCCAGGGCUAGGGUUCAAUGUGGGGAAUUUGACCGUUUUAAACACUUUAAAGGUUCAGCGUUAUGAAUUGUCACAAGCAGCAACAAGACUUUGCGCUCACACAGUGACAGAGUAUCUGUGCAUGUGCACACGUGUGCUUCGCUCAGUGGUAUAAAUUAUUUAAGUAAAAAUACUUUAAAAUACAUAAGUCGUUACUUUACAUUACUUUACUAUACUGAACAAAAAUAUAAACGCAACAUGUAAAGUGUUUUUCAUGAGCUGAAAUAAAAGAUCUCAGACAUUUUUCAUACGCACAAAAAGCUUAUUUCUCUCAAAUGUUGUGCACAAAUUAGUUUACAUCCCUGUUAGUGAGCAUUUCUCCUUUGCCAAGAUAAUCCAUCUACCUGACAGGUGUGGCAUAUCAAGAAGCUGAUUAAACAGCAUGACCAUUACACAGGUGCUGGGGACAGUAAAAGGCCACUCUAAAAUGUGCCGUUUUGUGUCAACACAAUGCCACAGAUGUCUCAAGUUUUGAGGGAGUGUGCAAUUGGCCUGCUGACUGCAGGAAUGUCCACCAGAGCUGUUGCAAGAGAAUUGAAUGUUCAUUUCUCUACCAUAAGUUGCCUCCAACAUUGUUUUUGAGAAUUUGGCAGUACGAAAUCUGGCAGGAAAAAACGAAAUCUGAUUGGCUGGGCCUGGCUUCCUAGUGGGUGGACCUGGCUUCCAAGUGGGUGGGCCUAUGGCCUCCCAGGCCCACCCAUGGCUGCUCCCGUGCCCAGUCAUGUGAAAUCCAAAGAUUAGGGCCUAAUGGAUUUAUUUCAAUUGACUGAUUUCCUAUUAACUGUAAGUCAGUAAAAUCUUUGAAAUUGUUGCAUGUUGCUUUCGUAUUAUUAUUUUUUUACAACUUUUACUUUUACUCCACUGCAUUCCUAAAGACAAUAAUGUACUUUUUACUCUGUACAUUUUCCCUGACACCCAAAAGUACUUGUUACUUUUUGAAUGCUUAGCAGGACAGGAAAAUGGUCCAAUUCAUGCAGUUAUCAAGAGAACAUCCCUGGUCAUCCCUACUGCCUCUGAUCUGGCGGACUCACUAAACACAAAUGCCUAGUUUGUAAAUGAUGUCUGAGUGUUGGAGCGUGCCCCUGGCUAUCUGUAAAUGAUGUCUGAGUGUUGGAGCGUGCCCCUGGCUAUCUGUAAAUGAUGUCUGAGUGUUGGAGCGUGCCCCUGGCUAUCUGUAAAUUAUGUCUGAGUGUUGGAGCGUGCCCCUGGCUAUCUGUAAAUGAUGUCUGAGUGUUGGAGCGUGCCCCUGGCUAUCUGUAAAUUAUGUCUGAGUGUUGGAGCGUGCCCCUGGCUAUCCGUAAAGAAAAUAAUAAAAUGGUGCCGUCUGGUUUGCUUAAUAUAAGGAGUUUGAAAUUAUUUAUACUUUUACUUUUGAUACUUAAGUUUAUUUUAACAAUUACAUUUACUUUUGAUACUUAAGUAUAUUUCUAAUAAAAUGCUUUUAGACUUUUACUCAAUAAGUAUUUUACUGGAUGACUUUCACUUUUACUUGAGUCAUUUUCUGUUAAGGUAUCUUUACUUUUACUCAAGUAUGACAAUUGGGUACUUUUUCCACCACUGGCUUCACUCUGCUACAUCGUGGUAGCUACUGGACCAAAACAGCAGAGAAUUUUUGCUCUUAGUUGUUUGUGGAAAUCGGCCCGAACAUUGCCGUUUACUUCAUGCAUCACUGAGUUAUGUCAAAACAUAAAUGUUUUAUGUGAUUUACUUAUUAACUCUAAAGGUUCCUCAUCAGCUGGAGCGUGAGCGGGGUGAGGCAGAGCUGAGUGCCAAGAGGGAGGAGGAGGAGAAGAAAAGACUGGAGGAGGUGUUACGGGCCAGACAGGAGGAGGAACACAAACGCCUGGAGGAGGAGGAGCUAUCACGUCAUAAACAGGUGGGGGCGGUCAUUAGACUGUUGCCUGCUGAAAUAAGCCAGUCAUAAUACCAUUUCAGCUUUGUUGAUGUUCAAUAUAUGAUUGGCUAGAGAGUUGCAAGUUAGCCUGUAAAUUCCUAAGAGGAGGCUUUAAUUUCUGUUUAAUGCAACUGAUUUGAUUGAUUUUUCUAUCCACAGGAGGAGGCAUUGAAGAGGCAGCGGAAGCAGGAGGAGGCGCAGCGCCAACAGAAAGAGGAGGAAGAGGAGCGGCAGGCACAGGAGGAGGCCCUCCGCAGACUGGAGGAGAGGAGGAGGGAAGAGGAGGAGGAGAGGAAGCAAAGGGAAGAGUUCCUCCGCAAACAGGUACUGGGUUUCACAAUAAAGACCAGUACAAGGUCGUGUUCAGUAGGCACCAAAUAGAACAACAUUUAGUACAAUGGGAAGGAGCAACUUGGUUUUCAAUAGGAAUUACUAAAACAUUUUUUGCUACUGUGUGCCUAAUGAACACGACCCUGCCCUUUAUUGUGUGGACAGGUGAUACUAAAUGCACAUUUCCACAUACAGGUGUAGGAUCUUAAUUUGACCUAUAUUGUCUCAGCAGCAACAGGAUUUGAACGUUUAGUUCAUAAUAUUGCUUGAUCGGUGGUUAGGCUAUUAGCUGGCCAAAAGUAGGCUACAUGAAAACUGCAAUACUGUUAAUAUAACUGUAUGUUAGUCAGUUUUCAGUGAAUUUAUGUAAAUCAGAAAGCACAUCUGCAUUUCUCAGCAACAAAAGAGUGUUCAAUAAAGUUGACCCUAUUCUAAAAAACGCUUUGUCGUUGCUCCUUAGGAGGAGGCGCGCCGAAAGCAGGAGGAGCUGGAGACCCUGAGGAGGCGUGAGGAGGAGAAGCGGCAAGAGGAGGCGGCGGCGGCCGCGGUGGCGUUGGCAAGGCAACAGCAGGAGGAGGCGAAAAGGAGGGAGCAGGAGGCGGUGAGGCAGCAGGAGCUAGCCAGACAGAGGCAGCAGCAGCAGGAGGCGCUCCGCCGACUACAGCAGCAACAACAGCUAGCCCAGAUGAAGGUAACUAACUUAACACAUCACUGAAGACACUUAACACUACAACAGCAGCAACAGUUAGGUACCAUCUACUGCACUAUUAGUGAUGGGGGGGAUUGAUAGUUACGUAUCGGGAUAUUAUUUUUGACGAUGUAUCGUUUUGGCAAUAUCGCAAUAUUAUUUUUGCGCUAGUUGGCUGUACCUGCACCAAAACUCCUGUAUUUUUCCUUCAUAGCUUGUUCUCCAUCUUCUUUUUAAAUAGGGAGCCAAUUUGUUUUCAGCACUUUUAUUUCCAUGACUGAUUUAAAACUUGUUUUGUCAUGGCUCUGUCUUGUCCGUCUGCAACAGACAUGAUGAGCAAUAUGUUUGGAAAGUGUUGAAUCGCAAUAAAUAGAGAAUCGUGAGAAUUGCAUGUCGUGUCGGCACCAGAGGACCGUGAUAAUAUCGUAUCGUGAGGUCCCUGGCAAUUCCCAGCCCUAUACACGAUACUAUACUAUUUCAAGUCUGCCUUAGGAAAGAGGUAUUUUGACCUCAAUGGGACUUCCUGGUUAAAUAAAAUAUAGCCUAUAGACAAAUGCACUAUCCAACUAACAAUAGAGGUCAGAACAUCAGAAAUACUGUAUUUGUCCAUGAGUUUCUGUAUGUGAAUAUUUCUCUGUCAUGGAUAAGGCCCUGACUGGCCUUCUUUGCAUUCUGUCUCUGACUAACCUAAUCUUUGUCCUGUCCCGUAGCUGCCGUCUUCCUCUAAGUGGGGCCAGCAGUCAGCAGUCACGGCAGCAGCCAUCUCCCAGUCCCAGAACGCCCUGUCGCUUGCUGAGAUCCAGAAAGUGGAGGAGGAGAGGGAGCUACAGGCACGAGAGGAGGUCAAGUAUUACAUUUAACAUGGGUGGCACUCCUUAAGCACUUUAUUGUGCUACCAAUUUCUUGCACCUGUUUCGAUACGAUAUUAUGGAUGAUAAUGAGUUUUCCCUCUUACUUAGCACUAAGGUAGCAUGAGAUAGAAAUGUUCUACCAUCCAUCAUGCUUUAUAUCCUAAAGCCUUACUCAUGACCCCCCCUCCCCCCAUGCAGCAGCGGCGCCAGCAGGCGGAGCUCCUGAAGCUGCAGCAGCAGCAGGCCCUGCAGGAGGCCCGGAAUCCCCAAGCCAAGCUCUCUGGCUGGGGCAGCAUGGCCAAGCAGCCAGCCACCACCAAGUCCCUGCUGGAGAUCCAGAGGGAGGAGGCCCAGCAGGUGAAGCAGAGGAAGGAGCAGGGGAGUGGGGGCCAGCAGCCCAGUCACCCCACCGUCACCCAGCAGAACCGCGCCCAGAACAGAGCUGUGAGUUGGUUCGCUCAUUAAUUCAUUAAUUAAUUUGUCUGCAUUCAUUCAUAGCCAAAUACAUGAUAUGGAAGACUGCUGAUACUGUUGUCUAAAACUGUUUCUGAAACCUUUCCUUGGGGACCCCCGGACAUUUCAAAAUGUGUAUGUAGUCCUGAACUAGCUUACCUGGUUAAUCUAAUCAAGAACUUGAUGAUUAGUUGACAUGUUGAAUCAGGUUUACUAGCUCUAGAAUAGAUCAAAGACAAACAUGUUUGAGUACUUCUUUGACGUAAUGACACUGGUCUGACCAGGUUUGAUCUCUCUCUCUCUAACCCCUCUUCCCCUAGACCACCGCUCUGAGCCCCUCGGUGUGGGGCUCGGUGGCCACCAGUGGCGGUGGUGGCGGGGCUCCUAACUGGGGCGGGGACAGCAGCAUCUGGGGUGACAGCACCAACUCCAACAUGGGCUUCUGGGACGAGGAGGUGAAGGAGACGGCCCAGCCCCCGCCACAGGCCCCACCCCCCGCCAGGAAGCCCAACGCUCAGAAGAACAACAAAGGCAACGCCAACAUCAGGUACAAUUUCAUGGACAACCUCAGGACACUUGGUUGACAGCUCUCACCUGAUUGACAGUUUCUAUUUUGGCUGCUGGACUCAAGGUCGUUGGAAGGACAAUUUUAUACCACUAGUAUUUAUAUUUUAGUUAUUAAGGGCAGAAUCCUAAUUUCCACUGAAGUUUAAAUUUCACUUAGUCAUACGUUGAUGUCAACACACUAAGUGAAAAUUCCACCAAAGUGGAAGUUAGGAUUUUCCCCUUAGUGUGUUCAAAUGAGGCUGAUAUAAUUCAAUACGAUGGAUUACUUGGUUGUUAAAAAAGGAAGUCAGUGUAUCUAAUGGUGUGUGGUAACUGUGUGAGCAGCAGUCGGGCCAAUAAGAAGGUGGAGGAAGAGGAGAAGCUGCUGAAGUUGUUCCAGGGGGUCAAUAAGAGACAGCAGGAUGGCUUCAUGCAGUGGUGUGAGAAGACCCUGCACACCCUCAACACCGCCAACAACCUGGACGGUGAGUACACACACCCUCAACACUGCCAACAACCUGGACGGUGAGUACACACACACACACACCCUCAACACCGCCAACUACCUGGACGGUGAGUACGUACACCCUCAACACUGCCAACAACCUGGACGGUGAGUACACACACACACACACACACACACACACACACCCUCAACACCGCCAACUACCUGGACGGUGAGUACACACACCCUCAACACUGCCAACAACCUGGACUGUGAGUACACACAUACACCCUCAACACCGCCAACAACCUGGACGGUGAGUACACACACCCUCAACACCGCCAACAACCUGGACGGUGAGUACACACACACACACACCCUCAACACCGCCAACAACCUGGACGGUGAGUACGUACACACACACACUGCCAACAACCUGGACGGUGAGUACACACACCCUCAACACCGCCAACAACCUGGACUGUGAGUCUCUCUUUGAUGUACUAUACAUACCAACAAUCUAGGUGUGUCUGAAAUGGCACCCCUAUUCCCUAUGGGCCCUGGUCAAAAAUAGUGCACUAUAUAGGAAAUAGGGUUCUAAAGGUACCUUGAACCUAAAGUAACCUUCACUGUGUGGUCCCAUCUUUAAAACUCACCCACUCCUCUUCCUCCUCUUGCUGCAGUCCCGACAUUUGCGUCCUUCCUGAAGGAGGUGGACAGUCCGUACGAGGUGCACGACUACGUGCGCGCCUACCUGGGGGACACGUCCGAGGCCAAGGAGUUUGCCAAGCAGUUCCUUGAGCGCCGUGCCAAGCAGAAUGCCAACCAACAGAAACCGCCCCAGGCCCCGCAGAACCAGCAGCCAACGUUGAAACAGCAACAGCAGGUGAGAGAGAAACAGCAGAACAGGUCAUUGGAGGGCUUGUGGUCUAGCGGUAAUGCUCCCUGCUUAGACACAUGUAUACUCCCCUCCCCUCCAGAGACCAGGGUUCAAUCCCUGCUCCAACCCUUCAAUCUGUGUCUCCCACCUUACCUGUACCCUCUCUGAUUUUUCUCCCUGUCUAAAUAGUGUCAAAAAUAACCCAAAUAAUUGUUUUUGUUUUUUUAAUGAAAAGAACAUUGGAGAAAUGCUUUGGAAUUAUGUUGCGUUGUAGUCAGAAAGAUACUAGAAUUGUACAGAUUUCCUUGCUUUCCCAUGUUGUCCUGGUCACAUCCCUGGGUCUUCAUCAGCAGUUUAUGCGUUGAGUCAGGUGUGUUGGUUCUAGGCUGGAUCAAAAGUUCUCCCAUAACAAGGUUGGUCACUGACCACUGUUUAAGGGUUUUCAAAAUGUUACCUUGGUCCACCAGGUAGAGAGAGAGAGACCUAUAGAGAACUGUUAUAAAUGCUGGACCAUAAUAUUCCAGAAAACCAUACAAACAUUAAUCAAUACCCUGCUACCAAUGUUAGUAGUUAUCUGACCCCUCAUUUGCUUUGUGACUCCAUUUCCCAGGAUUCAGUGUGGGGUGUGAGCGGGACGAGCUCUCCGUCUCUGUACCAGUCAAACCACACCAGCCUCCAGCAGCAGGCACGCUUCGAGACCGUCACCUCAGGGAAGAAGAAGAAAAAGCAGAAGAUGGUCCGGGCAGACCCCAGCCUGCUAGGUGAGGAAUAAACUAUUGAAGCACUGUUGUCAUUUAUCAAUCAUUGUCAAUUUGUUAUUUUAUCAUCAUCCUAAAUCUCUCCUCAUAUUUGAUACAGCUUUAGCUGACAACCCAGAGCAUGAACUAUCCACCAAUUUCAAAAAACAGUACUACACCAAGACAUUCUAGUGAAAGGCCCUAAACAGCACCAAAGAUGAAUGGCCAAUGUAUUUAAGGCUGGGAGCAGGCGGGAUUCUUGGCCAAUCACAUUCACGUUGAAAUGCUGCGUCACACGGUUGCUAAGCCAUUCGUCAAGCACUGCCCUCUAGAAAGUCCGGUUAUUAGUCAAGAAACUGUUUAUUUUCCUUGAAAGUACGUAAUGUCACAAUUUAAAAACUAUGCGAUAUUAAGGAGAAAAAGUUGAUAAUCUCUGAAAAUAUCUGUAAUGUUGUGUGUCUUGCUCACGUAAUUCAUGCGAAUGUUGGGUUGUUGAGCUAGUGCCCAAUUGAUUCCCAUUCAAUCCUUAAAGGAGUGCACUCCUUGACCCAGAAUGUACAUUGAAAAUGAGCGGUUAGCAUUCUCAUUGGUGUUCGGCUAAUGCUAAUUGGAUUAGCAUCUCUUCCAUAAAUUGUUUCUGGCUAUGACUACCACAUGCAUACCUCUGAUACUACAUUCACUUUCCCUGUUCCCUCUCAUCUUCCCAGGUUUUUCUGUGAAUGCGGCGUCUGAGAGGUUGAACAUGGGCGAGAUUGAGACGGUGGAGGACUUUUAA